AUGAGCGUUGAAUUAAUAAACCCUCGUUUAUUUGCCGGUGUGGCAUCGAUCGAUUCCUAUCUGGAAAGUUGUGUCCCUCCCCGAGCGCACUUUCUCGUUGCAUAAAUUAUCGCAUCGCGCUUUUCGUCGAAACAGUCAUCAUCGAGCUUGGAAAAAUACAAAUCACCGAUUCAUCGGGCGGUGCUGCACAAGCCGAGCUAUUCAUCCGCGCAUCGAUAGAUUGUAUACCGAGAAUCGCCCUUAUUGACAUCGACCGAUGACUUUCCGAUUUAUUUUGAUUUUCGACUAUACGCGUAGUAAACACAUUUUGAGACGAUCAAGCAAGCCGUCGUCGUCGAGAAUCAAAUAUAGCUCGCAAAGCGCCGAGAAAAAUCGAACAACGCGCAGAAGCUAUAUAGUGCGAGCUAGCGCCGGGAGAUAUAAAUCUAAAUAGACGAGCGGCGCUCGAGAUCGUGAUUCAUGGUGGCCUCGCUCGCGCAUCAGCAGACGUAUAGUCGCGCGCGGGCGCGGCUGCGAUGGUAACCUAUCGAACGCAGAUAAAGCGCUCGAUCGGUCUCGCGAUAAAAAGCGUAUCGAAAGAGAGUAUAUCCAUACAGCCGCACGAAAUCCGACUCGUAUACUGAAAUUACCGUAUUACUAGCGAAUUCAUCAGCGCAGCUUCGUCGUACGGCGUGUGUGAGUGUGUGUGUGUGUGUGUAUACUUAAUAUUUGAUUCGGCGUAGUGUGGCAAGCAGAGACAUCAGGUGUAUAGGUGGGAUGUCUCUGUGUGCACAGAGAGCGACUAUACUGUGUUCUUCCCCUUCGCGCCGCGCGCCGCACGCGGGUUUAUCGUUCGAGGGAGGGGCGACGCGCCGUAUUAAAGAAGUGAAGCUGCCGGUCUGCCCCCACAGACUUACCUCAAAUUCCUUCAUAAUCAGUGCAUCCCGUAUAGGGGCAGCCGGACUCUCUCUCUCCUUUUCACUUUUGUUCCGCAACUACUUGCUUCUCUUUGUUUUAUUAUAAAGUACUAUCAUCGCGAUGUCGCUCCGUAUCAACUGCAAAGUCAACUCCAAACGUAGUCUGUACAAGUUCAGAAACAAGAACUCGGCAUGAAGCCUUUGACACGUGUCGAGGAAGUUUACGUUUCGGUCUAUAUAUUUAUAUCUCUCUUAGUUAAUAAUUGAGGAGAGCCUCUUGCGCAUACAAUUUUCUCGUGUCCGACACUUACGUGCGAUGAACAACACGACCAGCAGCCCGCCGCCGACUUAUCUUGUCUUUGGAGAAAUACCAGCAAUGACAAUAGAAGAAUCUAGAAGAUCCCAGCGGCCCUACAGGUAUGGCAUGGUUCUGCUGUGCGUCGGUGCCCUGAUCAACUGGUUGGGCCUGGCCGAGAACUACGUGGAACCUGUGCGGUACGUCGGGGUGGCCUGUAUCGUCGCCGGAGCACUGCUCAUCUGUGCCGCCAUGUGCUGCUGGCUACACGCACCUCCAACGAGGACUAACACGCAGACUCAGCGAACCACGCAUCCUCUCACUGCCCAGAUCGACGAUCCGAUCCACGUGAUUUCGAUCGAGGAGCCGUCGACUGGCGCGCGACAGAAGCCACCGGACUACGAGGCUGUGGCCGACGCGCCGCCCAGCUACGACGACGCCAUCAAGCUGAAUCCUGGACAGUUGGCCAGGUCCACCCAUCGAAGCAGUAUCGGAGCUACCUCUGCCAUCUCGAUCGAGCACACGAUACCCGGGACCGUCGUCGGGGUCGUCGUCCCAGCGAACGCCGCAGUCGCGGUUAUCGCCGAGCCGCCCACUCUCACACCACCGCCACCUUACGCGAGGUGAAGCUUCGUUCCCGAAGCCUCGUGCUUCUCGCGAACAGGACUUAGGACGAUUCGCUAGCUGGACUUUGUUUGCGCGUCUACAACAACGCCGACGACUGCCUGCAGAAUCCUAGACGGCUGAGCAGUGCACCACAAAUGCGUCUCCGCGAGUGGAUCGAAACGUGCAAGGACGACUAUGGUUAAACAAACAAUAUCGCUCACCACGACGAAGCACGUGGUCUGUGUAUCCGAUGUACAUAAUCUACGUAAUAAUUACGAUGAAGAAUGUAAGAAACGACGUAUACAUAUAUAAUAAAACAGAAUAGGCUCACGCAGAGAAACGCCUGCACGUUCGGAAAAUGCGCUUCCCUUUAUAACGACACUCAUCCACACACACACACACACACACACACACACACAUCGUAUACACCAUGAUGCGGCAACGAAGAGGACCGAGUAUUAACACGUACGGAAUAUUGAGGCGUUAUUUCGAAAGACACCAGGGAAGAUUCCUUCUAUUCAGAUAAAUAUACGCGCAACAGUAUUAGAGUACAAUUUUCAGCUGUAUUUCUAUCUAAUAAUGCAGCUUCCGCUUGAAUUCCUUGAAACCAGAGCUCGUUCUUGCGUCUUCCAACGUUGAGAGUGCGGCUUUCUUUUCAGAGAAUCCGAAGGAAAAUAUGUUAUUAAAUGCAGCUUCUACGAAUUAUUAUUAGAUUCAAAUUGUUAAGAUACUGCAGCUGUUAUUUAUUCGCGUUCCAACAAUGUUUAUGUAGUCGAUUCAGUCGAGUCUUUUCUACCAAAUCAUAUUUAUUAGUAAAUAAGUAUGAGCUUAAAAGUAUUACGGUGUAUAUAUAUAUA